AUGCGCGGGAUGGUGGGGUCCCUGCGAGUCCGGAUCCCUAGAUCACCGAAUAAGAACUACGUGGCUACAGAUCUUGUGGAUCCUUUUCCACUACGCUGGUGGAAAGUUCUGGCAGAGGAAAAGCGUGGAGUAAAAAGGAAGGAAACGGCGGAGGCGGGGCCCAGCACUCAGCAUCUCACCUUCUAUUGGCUUUGCAGUUCCCCACUUUUCCGAGUGUGUCGGGCCGAGCGCAGCCACUGCCCAACACAGACCGUCAAGAAGCUUCUGGAAGAGCAGAGGCGCCGACAGCAGCAGCCGCCGCCGGAAGCCAGUGUAGUGCCGGGCCACUUCUCCCCUCCUCUGGUCCAGACGCUGACCCCAUCUGUGAACGAGGUGGAGGCAGGCCAUAUCCACUUCCCCACCUUCCACGAGCCGGUGGAUUCUGGACCUGGCAACCUGGCUCCCCCUUCUGGCUUUGCAGACUGGGACCCUAGCCUCCAUGCUGCCUGUCCAGACAGCUCCUGUCCAUAUCCCGCUGCCGAAGGCUUCCUGACUCCUGAUUUCUACCCAUCAUCAGACCCAGGGCGGUCAGGCGCAUUUCCCCUGGCGAUGGAGGACUCUCUGGAUACCCAGCUAUAUACAGAACCUUCCCUGUCACACGUGGGAUCCUGGAGAGUCUGUGCCCUCCCUUCAGCAGCCCCUCAGUCCGCCGCACCCUCCCUGGAGACGGCCCGAGCUCAAAUACUGGCUCUGGGGCCCCAACAGCUAUUGGCCCAGGAUGAGGAAGGAGACACGCUUUUACACCUGUUUGCUGCUCGGGGGCUGCGCUGGGCAGCGUACGCUGCAGCGGAGGUGUUGCAGAUGUACCGGCAGCUGGAUAUUCGUGAACACAAAGGCAAGACCCCUCUCCUGGUGGCAGCCGCUGCCAACCAGCCACUGAUUGUGGAAGACCUGCUGAGCCUGGGAGCGGAGCCUAACGCCACCGACCAUCAAGGCCGGUCCGUCUUGCAUGUGGCUGCCACCUACGGGCUCCCAGGAGUCCUUUCGGCUGUGUUUAAGUCAGGCAUUCACGUGGACCUGGAAGCCAGAGACUUUGAAGGCCUUACCCCGCUCCACACGGCCAUCCUGGCUCUCAACGCUGCUAUGCUCCCGCCUAGUGUCUGUCCGAGAACGCUGAGUUCCCAAGCUCGAGACAGACUGGCCUGUGUGCAGAUGUUGCUUCAGAUGGGUGCCAGUCACACCAGCCAGGAGAUCAAGAGCAACAAGACCAUUCUGCACUUGGCUGUACAGGCCGCCAACCCCAACCUGGUUCAGUUGCUCCUGGGGUUGCCGAGAGGAGACCUGCGAGCCUUCGUCAACAUGAAGGCUCAUGGAAACACAGCCCUCCACAUGGCAGCAGCCCUACCCCCUGGGCCGCCCCAGGAGGCCAUCGUGCGUCACCUCCUGGCAGCUGGAGCGGAUCCCACGCUGCGUAACCUGGAGAAUGAGCAACCUGUUCACCUGCUGCGACCCGGGCCGGGCCCUGAGGGGCUCCGGCAGCUGUUGAAGAGGAGCCGCGCGGCACCCCCAGGCUUGUCCUCUUAGGACUGAAAUCCAGAACCUGGACUGAUUUUUCCAGUCCCAACCGUCCCGUGGGACAGUCAGCGUAUG